UUUAGAUACUGAUACACGUCGCGCUGGUAAAUUGCACAUCACCCCUUCAAAUGCAUAAAUUUAAGAAAGGGUCUCGUGGAAAGAGCUGCGGGACGAGUGAAUAAUGAUGAGUAGUUAAUACUUUAUAGUUGAUACGAGGAUGGGAGGAGCGGCGAUGGCGAUGGCGAUGGCGAUGGCGAUGGACAAAACGAAUCUACGUCUCCCAUUCGGGUAAAAAUGCCUGCCGCUCGACGACACCGCAACAACAAGAAGUUGCCCAAAUUAGAAGUUAGAAGCAGCUCUCGUUCUUCUCUCAUGGCAGACGAAAUUAGCAGCAAGAGCGAUGGCGGGAACAGGGGGAGUCAGCGUGGCAGCGGCGGCCGGGGACUGCUGCUCGGGAAGUACGAGGUGGGGCGGCUGCUGGGCCACGGCACGUUCGCCAAGGUGUACCACGCGCGGCACGCGGGGACGGGCGAGAGCGUGGCCAUCAAGGUGCUCGACAAGGAGAAGAUCCUGCAGAGCGGGCUGGUGGCGCACACCAAGCGCGAGAUCGCCGUGCUCCGGCGCGUGCGCCACCCCAACAUCGUGCACCUCCACGAGGUGAUGGCCACCAAGUCCAAGAUCUACUUCGUUAUGGAGCUGGUCCGUGGAGGCGAGCUGUUCGCCCGCGUCGCCAAGGGCCGCCUCCCGGAGACCGCCGCGCGCUGCUACUUCCAGCAGCUUAUCUCGGCCGUGGCCUUCUGCCACGCCCGCGGCGUGUAUCACCGCGACCUCAAGCCGGAGAAUCUCCUCCUCGACGACCGUGGCGACCUUAAGGUCUCCGACUUCGGCCUCUCCGCCGUCUCCGAUCAGAUGCGCGAGGACGGCCUCUUCCACACCUUCUGUGGCACUCCAGCGUACGUGGCGCCGGAGGUGCUCGCCCGCAAGGGUUACAACGGCGCUAAGGCCGACAUCUGGUCCUGCGGCGUCAUCCUCUUCGUCCUCAUGGCCGGCUACCUCCCCUUUCAUGAUCCUAAUUUCAUGCUCAUGUACCGCAAGAUCCAAAAGGGCGAGUUCCGCUGCCCCCGCUGGUUCUCUGCCGACCUCGCCCGCCUCAUCUCCCGCCUCCUUGACACCAAUCCCGCCACCCGCAUCACCAUCCCCGAGAUCAUGGACAAUCGGUGGUUCAAAAAGGGCUUCCGCCAGUUCAAGUUCUACCUCGAGGACGACAAGUUCCACAGCCUCGACGACGCCGCCCCAACCCAAUCCCCUUCACCGCCGCCUUCCUCUGACGACUCCGAGUCCGAUUCCGAUUCCGACUCCAAUUUCUCCGUCUCCACUUCAUCUUCCUCUAACUGCAGGCGUCGGCAGGGCCUGGGGCGGCUCCCGCGGCCCGCGAGCCUGAACGCCUUCGACAUCAUCUCCUUCUCGCCGGGGUUCGACAUCUCGGGCCUGUUCGAGGAGCAAGGCGAGGAGGCCCGAUUCGUGUCGGGCCAACCCGUCGACACAAUCAUUUCCAAACUGGAAGAGAUCGCCAAAGUGGUUAGCUUUACGGUGCGGAAGAAGGACUGCCAGGUGAGCCUGGAAGGCACCAAGGAGGGCGAGAAGGGGCCGCUCACGAUCGCAGCGGAGAUAUUCGAGCUCAUGCCGUCCCUGGUGAUGGUGGAGGUGAAGAAGAAAGCCGGCGACAAGGGCGAGUACGAUGAGUUCUGCAACAGGGAGCUCAAGCCCGGCCUGAAGAAUCUGGUGUACGACGAGCUGGCAACGGCGGCGGCCGCCACCAGUCUGGCGUCGGAGACUCAGUAGGACACAACGCCACCAAAAGCCUUCUCGCUUUCCUCCAUCCCAAAGAUAAAUCUUACCGCGCUCUGUAACAAACAUUCGUAUGUAAAUUGGAUCAUGAAGAUUAUCUAUUAUCUUCAAUCAUUUUCCCUUUCCUUA